GUGGGAUUAUUGGCCAUGCAUACAAUUUGGAUUAGGGAACACAACCGUAUCGCCAGAGAGUUACGCACAAUUAACCCGCACUGGGAAGGGGACGUCUUGUUCCACGAAGCGCGGAAAAUCGUGGGCGCGGAAUUGCAACACAUAACCUUUAAGCACUGGAUGCCCUACGUACUCGGACCUAAAGGCAUGGAUAUGUUGGGCCAAUAUCAAGGAUACGAUCCAACCGUAAAUCCGUCUAUAUCCAAUGUGUUUGCCACAGCUGCCCUCAGAUUCGGCCAUUCCAUCAUUAAUCCGGUUUUGAGCCGGCUAGACGAUAACUUCACUACUAUUCCUCAGGGAGAUCUAUCUUUGGGAAAAGCGUUUUUCACACCAUGGCGUUUGUCUGACGAAGGUGGUACGGACCCGUUGAUGCGCGGGUUCUUUGCUGUACCCGCUAAAAGAAAAAUGCCCAAACAGAACCUUAACGAUCAGUUAAUCGAUCAUUUGUUCACAUCGGCACACGCCGUAUCAUUAGACUUGGCGGCGAUGAACAUACAACGUAGCAGAGACCACGGAAUUCCCGGUUAUACCGAAUGGAGGACAGUGUGUAACAUGUCUAAAGCUGAAACUUUCGAUGACCUCAAAAACGAAAUCAGCGAUAGCGAUGUGAGAAAUAAACUCAAGGAACUGUACGGUCACCCGGGUAAUAUCGAUGUUUGGGUUGGUGGAAUUCUCGAAGAUCAAGUAGCAGGAGGUAAAGUCGGCCCAUUAUUCCAAUGUUUGUUGAUAGAACAGUUUAAAAACUUAAGAAAUGGUGACAGAUUUUGGUACGAGAACCCUUCGACUUUCAGUCCAGCAAAACUCACACAAAUCAAACAAGCGUCACUUGCUAGAGUUCUCUGCGAUAAUGGAGACAAUAUCACUUUGAUAUCUAAAGAUGUGUUCAAGUUACCAGAGCUACAAUCACCCAAGUUAUUACCAUGUAAAUCGAUUCCUAGUAUUGACCUGAGACUUUGGUUUGAAUGCAACGGAGAUUGUCCGGGAGAAAAUUCGUCUAAAGAAAAGGAAGAAAUGAGGUCCAAAGAUGCAUUAGUCAAAGUAAUGAACAUGACUGAGGGGAAACUAGAAGGCCUAAAGUCAGUGGUUGACGGGCUUAAAUUGGAUAUUAAGAGAUUAAAACGCGAAAUUAGACAGUUGACAAGAGUCAAUAACAGUGGUUGUUAUGAUGAAACGGUUAAAAGAAGGCGCAGAGAAGGACGAACUUGGGUUUCUAAUAAAUGUACUAAAUGCGAAUGCCGAAAUUCUCUAAUAUUAUGCAAAAGUUUGUGUUGAAACAGACGUUCAAAGGUAUUAUAAAAACACCAGUUUUUAUUUUGUAUAUGAUAAAAUCAAAUCCAACAAAUUAAUAUACAAUGUGUGAUACCAGGUUUCACAGUCUGAAUCGAUUUUAUAUUUUUUUGUACUAUGUCGA